AUGCUAACAAUCGUUCCUCCCCAUUGGAUCGAGGCCCCCCAGCCAGCCGACAUCUGCACAUCCCACACCUGCGAAACCAUCGCCCCAGCGUCUAUCGGAAAGCACAACAGGCGACAGAUGAUCUCUUCGGAAAUCCUCGACCUCACAGCUCUGACUUGGGCCGAUGACUAUGAUGCGAAUGCGAAGGCACACGAGAGACCGGACGUCGUCAACAACUACUACAACGAGAACACCGGCUACCCGAAGGUCUGGGGCGACCCAGUACUGGAGGCUAUUUUCAAAACCGACCGAUCUCUGAAGGUUACAGCGCCAGCCUCACCCACAACAACCGGGAGCAAUGCGGAUCCCACCUCACCUGGGGCCGGCGGGUCCGGGACCGGGUCGCCAGAUUCAACGACAAGCGCGAAGAAGUCUGUAAACACCGGUGCCAUUGCCGGUGGUGGUGUUGCUGGCGUGGCCGGACUUGCUCUCGUCGGAUUAGCAGCGUUCUUCUAG